AUGGGCUCUUGUGCGUCAACCGGAGUGUCACAAGUCGAAAGUCCUAAGAGAAGUUUGACUGUUGGUUCCGUCAACCCAGCAGGCGCGAUGAGUCCCUCUAGAACCCGCGCCUCCCACAAUACUGCCAAAGGAUUCGACCAGAAUCACUUGCAACAUGAGAAUCAAUUGAACUACGCCGAUUCUCUGGGGACCUCGGUGGACCUCCUAGUGAUGGGACGAGGCUGUUUGAGUCGUUUCGCUCGAGUUUGUCGUCACUUCUUUAUUCAUUUGCUUUGCUUCCUGCGUGCGGAUAACCGCACAUCUGAAGAAUUGUUUGGCGUUAUGUUGACGUUACCUUUGUUGUA